UGCGUUCUUCCACCUGCCAGACUGAUGGGGGCCCAGUUCAUCUUUGACAUACUUGGCUUCAUUUUCCUGGACAUGGUUGGGAUCCCAGGGAAUGUGGUCAUCCUCUAUGCCUUCGUUCACACGUUAGCGUGCCACCGGAAAGUCACGCUCUCGGAAAUCAUCCUGAGCAAACUCGCCCUUUCCAACCUCCUGGUGAUCCUGAGCCAGGGGAUUCCCUUCACGCUCAAAAUAUUUUGGACCCAGAACGUGUUCAACAACCUGGGGUGCAAAAUUACCCUUUAUGUUUAUUGUGUAGGAAGAGCCAUGACCAUCUGCGUCACCUCCUUGCUGGGCUGUUUCCAGUGUCUCCUCAUCAUCCCCUUCCCUUGCAGGUGGCUGCAUUGGAGAGAGAGCCUGUUGAAAAAUCUCUCUUCCAUCAUGAUUUCCCUGUGGUGCUUCAACCUCUUUGUGUGUAGCACCCGUCUGACUUACGGCUCUGCCCAGGGUGAUGAAAACUCCUCCACUCUUGGAAAUUACACCGAGCUUUACAACUUCUGCUAUGUGAUGUUCCCCACCCGCUACUUUUACCUGGGAAAUAGGCUGGUGUUGGUCAUCAGGGACUUGUUCUUCCUUGGGGCAAUGACUCUUUCCAGCUGCUACCUUCUGUAUAUGUUUUAUCAGCAUGGGAAGCAAGCAAAACACCUUACAGGGUUGCAUGUGAAGCAUGCAGAGAUCCAGGCAGCCAAAGCUGUGGUGGCCCUGUUAGUCCUGUAUCUUUUCAGCUUUGGGAUGGAUAGCAUCUUCUGGAUCUUUACCCUCUGUGUGGCCCCAGGCUCAAUGAGGCUUGUUGAUGCUCAGAUGUUCUUUGCUUCCUGCUACUCGGCCAUCGGCCCACUGGUGAUUAUCCUGACCAACAAGAAGGUGCAAACAGGCUUGAAGUCUACACCCAACAGGAGGGAGUUUGCAGUGGCAGAAAGUAUCUCAAAGCAUAUCCAUUGAGUAGCAAAAUGGGAAAACUAGCAGCUUCCAGUCCCAGGCUGGGGUCUGCUCUGUUUGACUAGUAUAGCCAUUGCUGUGUUUCCAAACCAUCUAGGACAUUAGCCUUUAGACUCCAAACAUCCCAGAGAAUAAUAAAACAAGAAAGAAGAAAAGUAAAGUCUCUAUCAGCUUCCUGCUGGGCGUAGGGACAAGAAUCUGUAUGUGAUGGCACAGCCCAGCAACGACAGGGGAGGAACAAUGAUUUUUUGAUUUAAGGAGCUGCAUGCGAGAGAGCCCGAUUCAAUUCACCAUCCUAUCAAAUCCAUCUGUGACCUUGUGAAGUCCGUCGGUCUCUCUGGACCUCGGUUUCCUGCCUUUAACAAAGGAAGAAUUGUUUCUUCUGCCACAGGGCUGUUUGUGAUGUGGAAGGAUUCAGAUUCAGAGAUACAACUUGCAAGCAAAGCUGAUUCUCAACAUUUCGGUUUUUUUAAAUACAAGCUGAUAUUUAAGAUUAUCCUGGUUUUCGUUACUGGGAACGUAGGCUUCUUGAAACUGCACUUUAAAAUAUUUUUCUCCCCCAAUCAAACACAUGCCAGUUUCAAUAAAUGUACCUAGAAACAUUUAUGGGUUUUAUGAAAAAGAAAAUCAGAAAGUAAUGUAUUGCAAACAACCUUGCUACAAAACUCAUUUUCAGAUUGACCCUCAAUGCCUGGCAAAGGUGCAUUUUAUCUUUGUCUCAAAGGCCUGAACCCCACAGAAAAUGUAACAAGCUUAACGGGCAUCAUCUUACAAUGUAAUAUAUGCCACGUACGUAUUUUGACAUCUAGCAAUGAAAAGGCAAAAGCAAAAUCCAGUGUGUGCAACCUGUGCAGCAUUGCAAUGUAUAAUGUUUACAGCAACAGCCUUAUUUUCAGGUACCAGACUCUAAGCUGUAACCUGUGGCUCUGAGGCCUCAUUUUCAGAAGGACUGAGUAUCUGCAGCUCUCCCUAUAUUGAUAUGUGGAUGCACAGCACAACUCAAAAUGAGACCUGAUUGCAUGUCAGCACUGUGAAUCAGCUCUGUGGUAUGUGAUUCUUCUGAAAGAUUAAAACAAAUCCAACAAAACAUCCCUACCAGACCAAAAAUUCUGUUCUAUUAGAAAGUACACAGACAACCCCCUAAUACACUCUUGUGUUACUAUAACUAAAUUCCCAUUUCUUUUAAGCAAAAGACUUUGGUGCAUUAAUCAUCUUCGAUUACAGAUUGGAAAGCAAAUCUACCCAUUUUUUUCAUACUAGCUCUGAUGAAUCAACUUGCAUCUCAGUGCAGUUGUAGGCUUUACUAAACUGCCUUCUUAAGCUCCUUGUGCAAUAUCUGAAGGUUGCUGACUCUGCCUCUCCGUGCUUUUCCCCAUUAUACUUAGUGUUCAGAUAACGACGCUAAUUUAAACGUUGAAAAACGGGGUGUCUUGCUGCAGCAGGCUGCUGUGAUUGCAACGCCAUCCCCUUUGGGGGUAUGGCUAAGAACAGAAACGUUGGCCCAACCUCAGUGAGAUGCACGGUAUGGGGGCAUCUGCUUGCAUAUUAUUCUACAGCAAGGAGAAAUGUCCAUGCCCCUUCCCAGCGAUGUGACCAGCUGCCUAGCUGAGUGCUGUAAGUUUUAAUGGUGAGCUCUUUAAAGUCCUCAAGGGAGAUGGUCUCAUGCAAUAACUUAAAUGUAAGUGCUGUCUUCAGGAAAGAAGCAUACUGUACAGGGGUUGCGUUCCAAAACCUGUCAGAGAGUAUUCAUGAUAACUUUUAUUUAUAUGUCUAAAAAAUUAUUUGUAGGAGCUGCAUCAGGCUUUUGGAAAUAAAUGGUGA